AUGCACGUUCGGUCAACCCAGGUCAACUAUCCUAACGGGCGCACCGGCAGGUCCCAGGCCUGCACCAUCACCGUGACCGACACCACCAACUACGGCCCGCCCAUCCUGAACACCGCCAACACCUGCUUCUACCUUAACGACACAAAGCUGACCAACAUUGACAUCCCCGUGAGCCUCCUUGCCACCGUGCCUGCGGGCAACAAGUGCAGCAACAUCAGGGUUGUCGCCACCGCCUGCGCGCCCGAGUUCAAGAACAAGGGCAGGACCAAGCGCGUGUGCCUGCCGGUGGUGUCGCCCGGGACUGCGGUGCGCCCGAUUCCGGCGACGGCUGUGGACCUUCUCAAGAAGAACUUCCUGAAGAACCCCCAGCCCAUCACGGUGACCCUCAACACCUUUGACCUGAACGGCCAGCUGGGCAAGGCGUCUGUCAACACCUCAAACGUGGUCGUCUACAGGAAGAAGCCCCGGGCCUCCAUCGCCGCCAACUGCAUUCCCGUCUUCAACCGCAUUUGA